GGGACGGAGGAGGAAGGGUUAGGUGGGAUGGGUGGAGUGAGGGGUGUAUUUAAGACGUUGUCCUCCUCAUCAUCCACAUCGGUCACUCUUGCCUUUCCUCUCUGCACCUGACUAGAAGGCCAGCACUCAUCCUCCACUCAGAAUGUCUAUGCCCAACUCAGAGAACACCUCCACCCUGGAGAAUGCCAUGCAGCUCAUGAUCCAGACCUUCCACAAGUACUCUGGAAACGAGGGCGAUAAAUACACACUAAGCAGGGCUGAGCUCAAAGAGAUGCUUACCGCAGAGCUUGGCAACUACCUUGGGAACGCCCAGGAUAGAGAGGCCGUUGAUAAGGUCAUGGGAGACCUGGAUUCCAACAACGACGGCGAGGUAGAUUUCACAGAGUUCAUCAUACUGGUUGGAGCUCUGACUGUGGCCUGUAACGACUUCUUCCUGGAGUACAAUGACAAGCCAGAGAAGAAGAAGUGAACGCAGCCUUUCCAACAAAGGCAUCCACUCUGCAAACACACGCUCCAGGGAGGAAGCAGCUGAAACAGGAGAGAUGCUACACAGAUAGAGAAGGAGCCCCUGUCACGGAAUACAUGUGCACAAACACACACAUGUCCUAUAGUCAGCAGAAAAUGUUGGAUGUUUGUCUAUUUGUUUGCAAUGUCCAUUCAAUCCAAUAUAAGCUGUAUUCAUCGCUAUGUGAAAAAAAUCUACAGUUCAAGUCAGUCUCAGCACCUGUCAUUGUUGUAUAUGUUAACAUAUCUCUUUCUUUUUCUUGUCUUGUGUUUUGUAACUCAUCAAAGCAAAGGAAUGUCUCCCUGGAAAGAAUAAAUGUGAACUUGUGAACAAUACAAAGUGGGUUGUACUUU